AUAAACAACAAAAUUUGAUAUCCAACCACCUGCAUCCUGGACAGCUAUAUCACAUAACUGUCAAAUGAAUUACUUCGUUAGACUUAGUGAACACCUGCUCAAACUUCUAACCUAUGGUAUUUUAAACCACUGCAGCUCAAAAUGUGAUCCACUAACCUGCCACAGCACCUGGGAACUUGUUAGAAAUGCAGGAUCUGGGGAUCCCCCAGGUGUGAUCUACCAUGCCUUUUCUCAGAAAGAGGCAAAAGAGUUCGGUGUUCAGCACUCGGGAGCCCAGCGGUCCGAGGCCUUCCUGAAGGCCUUCCUGAAGCGGAGCACGCCCCGCAUGAGCCCGCAGGCCCGCGAGGACCAGCUGCAACGCAAGGCCGUCGUUCUGGAGUACUUCACUCGCCAGAGGCGGAAGGAGAAGAGGAAGAAAUCUAAAGGCCUCUCUGCCCGGCAGAGGAGGGAGCUGCGGCUGUUUGAUAUAAAACCAGAGCAGCAGAGCCUUUUAAUAGCACCAGACAGAAUCACCCACUUGGGCUCUAUUGCCAAACGCAGACGCUGCCUACACGUUUCGGAAGUUCCUGAAAGGAAUGCAGCACCGUCUGGUGGGAGGACGCCUCCCUCCGGCUGGCACUCCGUCUUUCCUUGGUACAGUCUUUUUCUGCCUCUCCAUGAACUCUGGAAACAGUACAUCAGGGACCUGUGCAGCGGUCUCAAGCCAGACACGCAGCCGCAGAUGAUUCAAGCCAAGCUGUUAAAGGCAGAUCUUCACGGUGCGAUAAUUUCAGUCACAAAAUCUAAAUGCCCCUCGUACGUGGGUGUUACAGGAAUCCUUCUCCAGGAAACAAAGCAUGUUUUCAAAAUCAUCACCAGAGAAGACUGCCUGAAAGUUAUCCCCAAGCUAAACUGUGUGUUCGCUGUGGAAAUCGAUGACUUUGUUUCCUACAUUUAUGGGAGCAAAUUCCAGCUUCGAUCCAGUGAGCGGUCUGCAAAGAAAUUCAAAGCAAAGGGGACGAUUGACCUGUGACUUCUUUGCCACCUUGCUUAUGACAGCUGAAAACCGAAACACCCGAGAUCCCCCGCUUCCCGUGGAGAGAUGGUUGAGCCAGUCUGGUUAUAGAGCACACCACCUCCAGCCGGUGAAAGUCCGACUGACACGGAAAGAUGCGCAGCGCGCCUAGGGCAGGAGUCGGGGAAUAGGAGUUUGUAUUUCGGGGUGGUCUUACUGUGUGUGGCUCCCGUGGAGAGAGGAGAGUGGCGGGUCACACCAGGACUGACACUGGUCGGCUUGCCUAGCAGGACUGUUGGGUUAUCUCCUUUUCAUAUGUUUCUGUGUUUUCUGAACGUUCUAUGACGAAUCAGUUGUGACUGAUAAUAAAAACACCUGGGCAUCAA